AUCAUGUCACGUUCUUAUAUGGGAUCGACAAUGCAUAAUCGAUAAAUUUCACAGGCUUUUCCAAAUGUUUGAAAAAAAUGUUACCGAAAUCGAUAAGUUAUCUACGCGUACUAAAAGUAUCUUAUAUAAAAUUAAGUUCUUCUAUCUAUUCAACAAAUAUUUAUAAAAGAAAAUAUUCUUUAUCAACAUUGUCAAAAUCAAUAACGCAAACGAGAACACAAACACGAAAACUCUUUCCUUUAACCAGAAUUGUUAAAGAUUUUUCAUUUAUAUUUCCUUUAUUUAAUACUAUAAAAAGAUCAAUAUCUAGUUUAGAUACUCCGAAAGAGAUAGAACAAGCUGAACGAUGGUUAAAAAAAUUUACAAAAGAAAAAAUUCCAAAAGAUUUGAUAACAUUUACUUUUGCACGGAGUAGUGGACCUGGAGGACAAAAUGUGAAUAAAGUUAAUACAAAGGUUGAUAUGAGAUUUAAUUUAAAUGAAGCAACAUGGAUACCAGAAUACGCUAGGAAAAAACUAGCAAUUCAAGAAGCAAGUCGACUUAAUAAAAAGGGAGAAUUCAUGAUAACUUCAGAUAAAUCCCGUUCUCAAGUUAAAAACAUUGAAGAUUGUGUUGAUAAAUUGUAUGAAAUUAUUUUGAAAGCUGCUGAAAUACCAAAAGCCCCAAGUGAAGAAACCCUGAAAAGAAUCGAACAAUUGAAGAAAGCUGAAAACAAUAGAAGAAGAACGGACAAACAAUAUAGAUCAGAAAGAAAAUCUUCUCGUCGCACCAAAGAUUAUGAUUAAUACACAUUUCUUAUUGCAAAAACUGCAAAUUGAAUAUUUGAUAGAGAUGAAUAGUUGAAUCUAUCGGUAUGACAGUUGAUGAAAUUAUUUAAUGAAAGUUUUAGUAAAUAGAUAUUUAUUAAUUAGAUUAUACUUAUUUCUAUAAUCUUUUGCAAACUUUGUAAAAAUUGAAUGUAAUAAAAGUUUAGUACUUACAAUCUUACAUUAUAAAUAUAUUGUAAUUUACUUUAUCAUAAA